AUGGAUCAAAAUGUGGAUAUGUAUGGGUACUUGCCCAGCAAGCCAGUCGCAUUAUUUGGCAUUGUGUUCUUUGGUACUUCAAUGGUCGUAUGCAUCCUGCAAAUGGCAUUCGGACCAUAUAAGCACUACUGGAUGACUACGCUUGCACUCGUCGCUGUGGGAGAGGCCAUCGGCUGGGGAGGGCGACUUUGGGCUCAUAAGGACCCAACCAGCUGGAUGGCCUUUAUGAUCCAGAUUUGCAGCCUCAUCGUCAGCCCUGUCUUUUUGUCUGCCGCAGACUAUAUCCUCUUCUGCAAACUUAUCGAGAAGACUACCCCCCGCAUCUUCCCAAUUCCAUCCACAUUCUUUUGGGCAGGAUUCAUCAUUUGCGACAUCAUCUCGUUAGCCAUCCAGACUGUCGGAGGAGUCGAGGUAUCAAGCGCUCAGAACUACGAACAACUCAGCCACGGGGGCGACCUGAUGCGCUCGGGAAUCAUCUUCCAGUUCAGCAACACAAUCGUCUUCGUCCUACUGAUCGUGGGAGCAAGUCUCCGAGUGCGACAAAAGAAAGCACUCGCCCCCCAGGUUAAAUGGCCAGUCUUGGUGGCUUUGUGCGUGUCAACAAUUAUGGUACUCAUUCGCAAUGGAUAUCGUAUUGUCGAGUUGUCAGAUGGAUGGAAGGGCCCUCUCAUGCGCACGGAGCAGUAUCUCAUCGGGUUGGAUAUGGUCCCAAUGGCAAUUGGAGUUGGGGUUUUCAUUAUAUUUCCCCAUUCAUUCUUCCUAGCCGAGGACAAGAAGCUUAGCAGUUCGAUGGUGUAG